UUCUCUCGUGUAUUUGUCAUAGCAAGUCUUACAUAACAUAUACAGCAACCAAAAAUAUAGGAUAUUAAUCUCUCCCACUCUUAACUAAAACACAGCGUCCGUUGGAAGUUAUUUUGUCUGACAAAACCGACAAAAGAAAUGGAGAAGAAGCAGCAGCAGAAAUAUGGAAGGAAAUCAAGAUUCCAACGUAUAUGCGUUUUCUGCGGUAGCAGCCCCGGCAAGAAUCCUAGCUACCAAGUCGCCGCCAUUCAUCUUGGAAACCAACUGGUUGAAAGGAACAUCGACUUGGUAUAUGGAGGAGGCAGCAUUGGGUUGAUGGGUCUUGUCUCUCAAGCUGUCUACGAUGGUGGUCGCCACGUGUUAGGGGUUAUCCCAAAGACACUUAUGCCCACAGAGAUAACCGGCGAGACGGUUGGAGAAGUAAGGCCAGUGGCCGGUAUGCACCAAAGAAAAGCAGAAAUGGCGAGACAAGCUGAUGCAUUCAUAGCCUUGCCAGGUGGGUAUGGAACGCUAGAAGAGCUGCUGGAAGUCAUUACUUGGGCGCAAUUGGGCAUUCAUGAUAAACCGGUAGGUUUGUUGAAUGUGGAUGGAUAUUAUAAUUCACUGCUGUCUUUCAUAGACAAAGCUGUUGACGAAGGUUUUAUCACCCCUUCUGCUCGUCACAUUAUUGUUUCUGCCCCUACUGCCCCUGAACUCAUGUCGAAGCUUGAGGAGUAUGUUCCGGAGCAUGAAGAGGAGUCAGCUAAGCUAAGCUGGGAGAAGGAACAACAAUUGGUUUACACAACGGAACCAGAUAUUGCUCGUUAGCUUAACGAAAGCUCCACUACACACUGUUGACUCUCAGAGCAAAUAUAUAGACGAAAGCUCAGAUUGAUCUUAAACAAGUUGGUAGACAAGCAUAGAUAUAAAUGGAGACAGGACUCAAAAGUAUCUUUAACCUCAGCUGUUUCAAUACUCUCUGUAGAUUGAUCAAUAUCCUGUGAAGUCAUGUGUACACUUAUUUAUUGUCGAAAUGUAAAAGCAGUACCUCUAUGAAUUGACAUGACGAGUAAGAGUUUUUGAACCUGCAA